UUUUAUACUUCUCUGAUAACAUAUUCCUUUUACCGUUUUUCCUUGUGUACAUUAUUUACGAUCAAAACUAAAAAAACGUUUACUAGAGGCUGAGCAAGAGGGAUGUCAUUGCAAAAAAAUUGUGGGUUUGCGUCCCUUUAAUAAUGAAAACAAUUGGCAUACAAUUACAAGUACAAAACCAAAUCCAAUUGUUUUCCAUUUUCCGUGAAAAAUGUGUCGAUUUUAAAACCAAUCCCUUAAUACCCUUGCUCUGUCUAUAAAAUCCUUUUUUUUCCAUAGAUAAAGCAAAAUUUCUUUCAAAUUCAGAAUUCAAAAUUUCUCGGUGGUUGGAAAUAAUAAUUUCAAACUGGUGAUUCCCGGCAGUGCUGCAUCCAAUGAGCCCCGAUAGUGCUGAAAUAAAAAAAAAAUCAUUCUUGCAAAAAAAAAAAAACUCAAAAUCUGAGCAAACAAAAAUAUUUCAGUUGAAAAAUUUUUCGUGUGAAAAUAAUCAUAAUUUAUUCGUCCCAAAAAAUUGAUGUGUAAACAUCGUUAAUUCGGUAUAGCAAACGCAAGAGAAGGAUCUAUGUCAGCUUUUGUUGCGUACCACCUGUAACUAUAAACUAACUAACUAUGCACCUAAUAAAACUUUAAGGAUUCCAACAUCGGGUUCCUGAAGAAACCCUCGAAGAAAAAAUGUUGAACGUUUGAUUAAAGAAUGGGCGCCAGUUGUAUGGCUUGCACCAGAAGAAAAAUUCAUGCCAUUAGGCGUUGAAGAAUUUCUUCGGAAUGUUCAUGCAGUGGAUAAGGGGAAUGAUGAAACUGAAGUCAAAGGAAUGCCAAUCGGAGAUAACUCAAAAAAGGCUUACUUGGUAACAAAUGCUGAAAUAGAUGAACUCUUGGAAAAUGACGGUUCAUUUCUGUAUGGCAAAGAUCCAAAUCAGCAUCAUGUACCGAUUUAUGCUGUCGUUCGAUUAUGUAGCAGCAAUACAGAAACAACAAAAACAACUACAACAACCUCAACAAAUAAGCCAAUCUUGCCAAUACAAAAGCCAAUACCACAACCACAACGAAGAGUCCCCUAUAUUCCAGUAUCGAUGAAUGAAUCUGGAGAAACAAAUAACACUAUUCGACGCUCAUCUAGACUCUUUCCGGGUUUUUCUCGCAAUCGACGAGACACACAAAAAUUCUUUGAAAAAAGAGGACAAUCUCAAGAAAACACAGAAAAAAGUUUUGUUUCGACAUCAUCUCAAAAACCAACAACCGAAACUCAACCAAUUUCUACAGAAAAAGAAGUCAGUGAGUUUAUAGCAAAUCUGGUUGACAAUGUGAAGUUCAAUGGCGAUAGUGGCAUGAAUAAUAAUAUAAAUGAAGACUACAUAGAACCACAGAAAGAGAAGCAAAAUGUUCCAGCAUUUCAUGUGACAUUUUGGAUGUUCUAUCCAUAUAGUCAAGGCAAAACUAUGUGCACUGUAAGUUUGGGAGUUCUAGGGAGCAUCCCAUUUCCAGCUGUUUACGGUUACUGUUUGGGUAAUCGCAAAGACAUUGGUAGUCAUGUUGGAGAUUGGGAACAUAUGAGUUUGUAUUUUGAUGGUACAAAUGCUCAUCCAUAUGAAAUGUAUGUUUCGGCUCAUGAUGCUGGUGCUUACUAUACAUACAAUCAUUUGACUGGGUCUUUUGAGUUUAGAAAACAAGAAACACGAAAAGGAAUUUUGCAGCGACCUAAUUUCCCAAAAACUGUUACAACAUUUGUUAAUCAUCCAGUAUUGUUUGCUGCAAAGGGAUCUCAUGGUUUAUGGACAGCACCAGGAAAACAUAGAUUCGUUAAAGUAGCUCGUCUUUAUGAUGUUAAUGGAUUCGGUACUCCUUGGCAUACAUGGAAAGCAGUAGAUGUUUCUUAUGAAAAUUUAAGAACAGCUCGCUCAUUUGUUCCGAAUUGGCUUAACUUCAAGGGAAAAUGGGGUAAUCCAAAAAGCAAAUGCCAUCCAUUGAGAAGAAUAGGUUUGAAUUUCUGCGAGUACACAGAUGGACCAACCGGAAUACCACUCAAGGAACCCCAUUUUCAAUGUGAUGCACCCAAUGUAUAGUAUAAUAAUUUAAAUUAGAAAAAUUGUAUUCGAAGUAUUCCUUAAAUUAAUUUAUUACUUUAUAUUUAAUGAUUAUUAUAGAAUUUUUUUAAUAAGUUAUUUAUUUACAAGCAAAAAUGAAUAAAAGA